UUUUUCUUUGACCCAAAAAGGGUGAUUGGAUUCCAUGGACUUUGGAAUGGAUGCCUGGAAGAGGCGGCUAUGCGUACUUUUCUUCGUCUUUUCAUUGUUCCAAAUAGCAUAUAGUGCGAAAGAGGUACAUAACAUUGAGAGGCUAGACCGCACCAUUGACCUCAACAAAAAUUUUGUGACAGAAAAAGUAGUGAUCAAGCUGGGCAAAGGAAAAUGGGACACGUUGGAACUUAUUUUCUCUUUGCAACAGUAUGAAUGUCUGGCGCAGGUUCAAGUGGAAGAUUCAUCCAACCAUAUUUUACCAGUGAAGGAACAACAAGAAACUGAGGUUUUAUUUCGCAAGUUUGUAGUUGUGUUGGGUUCGACGCCCGAAGAUACUCUAAAGGUCACCUCUCUUUAUAUGAACUGUUUGAAGCCAAAGCCACGAGUUAUUCCUAAAGAUGGAGAUCAAUAUUUGUAUUAUGAAAGUUAUGUUCGUUUUUACUGUCCUUAUGAAGUGAAGGAACAAAAGACCACGAUCAAUUUUCCUCAUUCCCAGUUCCAUUUUAUUGAGCAGGAAAAGAUACCUCAACUGUCUUUUAAUGGAAACAAGGCUAUUCUGGGACCCUAUAAAAAGGUCCCUUCUAUGGAUUCUAUGACCUUUGGUGUUCGCUUUCGCCACAAUACUCCUCUUCUAACCGGCAGUCAAGUGGCGAAUACGUUGAAAGUAAGUCAUUGGGGUUGGUUGCAAGUCCUCGAAAGCUAUGAUUUGGAAAAUAAAGGAGCCGAGUCAAAGGGAGGUUUUUCAAGACUCGACUUUCAGUCAAACUCUCACUAUUAUAAGCCAGUGGUUGAGGAUGUUGUUGCUCGUCUCCCUACAGAAGCUAGAGAUGUCUCUUAUAAAGACUAUGUUGGGAAUAUUACCUCUUCGCAUCUUCGUGGCCCUGAUCGUUCGAAAGGUCGGAUUUUACAACUCAAAUUUCGAUAUCCUUUGAUAGGCGGUUGGAAAAAUGCCUUUUUUAUUGGUUAUCGUGUACCAUCCAAAAAGUAUCUAAAGUCAUUGGGUUCGAAUCAGUAUCAACUGCGAGUGAAUAUUCCGCCUUCCAUUAGAAGCAUUGUUAUAGAAAAAUAUGUUUUGAGAGUUGCGUUACCUGAAGGUGCCAAAAACAUUGCGUGGGAUUAUUCAGUUCCGUUUGCUUUUGACAACGUGAACAAUGAAACGAUGUUUGAUCUUUUGGAUAUUCAAGGAAGACCUUUGUUGGUCUUUGAGAAACGAAAUAUGGUGCCCACGGGUAUGAAUUGGGGUUCUCUUGUUAUAACUUAUGAGUUGAAAAUAUGGAAUCUAUUGGAGAAGUUAUUAUUGCCUGUGGUUUUCAUAUUGAUAUUGUUGGCAGGUUUAUCUCUUGCAAGUCGCCUUAGUUUGUAUUUGAGAGAUGACACUGAAGCUUCAAAUAGCGUAUGUUUGAACAAUCUGUAUUCAUUGCAUUGUGCAUUGUCGGAUACUUACAAAGAGGCCAUCCAUAAUUUUUCUAUCAUGAAGGGUUCAGUCAUUACAGAACAGUUCUCUACUAGUUAUAAUUCUAUCCACGCUCGUUUAAAAGAAUUAGAGUUGCAGUUGGAACUCCUCAAUAAGAAGAUUGCAUCAUUAGGGAAUGUCAAGUUGAUCACCCGAGCAAACCAGUUGACAGAAAUUGAUAAGACAAAACAUGAAAUUCUUCAACGGUGGUAUUCCACAACUCGUUCAAAACUUUCGAAUCUUUCAUCGCUGGAAAAGGAAAUCGGACAAUAUUGAGGAUGAGUUGUAGUUACAUUUGUGC